UGUGAGUCUCCCUGUCUCUGUCCUCCUGUCUGUGUCUCUACCUGUAGCUACCUGUCUUCAUGUUGCUCUGUUGACAUCUGUUUGUCCACCUGACUCUCUCCCCUGGUCUGUCGUCUUCUCUCACUGUGUUUACCUGUCCAUCUACCCAUCUGUCACUGUACGCCUGUCUUUAUGCCUGUCUUCUUACGUGUCUGUCUUCCAGUCUCUGUGUUCACCUGUUGAUUUUACCUGUCUGUCUACUUUUGUGUCUACCUGUCUCCCGCUCUCUCGCCCUGUGUGUACCAGUAUCUCUGCUUCAGGUGUGCAUGUAGAGUUAGAGACAGACGGGUCAGUGAUAUUAGCCUGUAGAUUACCCAGAAUGCUGUUCCGUGUGCCUUAGAGGACCCUGCUGCCAUGGAGGAGCUGGUGAAACACCUGUCCAGGUGUCAGCACAUGGGCUGGAUGAAUGUGAUUGAGCUGAAGAGCGCCUCCAUCCAUUGGCUGUCGUGCGGUCAGAAGGCGGAGCCUGACGUCUGGAGUAAAAUGUUCUGCAUCCUGUCAGAUUCUCAGUUAGUGAUGCUGAACAAUCUGGAGCUUCAUCCGCUGCUUCUGGCUGAGAGGGCGGAGACUUGCACUGUCUGGUUGCUUAGAUACACUCUCCAUGUGACCUCAGCAGCUCCUCGCCCCGCCCACAAAGAUGUUGCAGAGAGAGGGGUCCGCCGACAGAGCAUGCCCAGUGGCUCCGCCGUGGACUCGCCCACCGCCAGAGUGACGGGGUUUCUCUCCCGGAGGUUGAAACAGUCUCUUCGUCGCACUCGAUCUCAGCCUAAACUGUCUCGUCUGAGCAGCGUAAAGGCCGACCCGAUCAACACCGCUGACACCAGGUGUGUGAUGCAGCGGCUGCGUUGUGGUAGCCAGGAGUCGUUGCUAAGCGCCGGCUGUGUGUCGUCUCUGGAGCUCAGGAUGGACCAAUCAGUGCUCAUUAAACCAGUUCACUCCUCCCUACUGGGACAGGACUACUGCUUCGAGGUAACGACCUCGACAGGAACAAAGUGUUUCUCGUGUCGCUCAGCAGCAGAACGAGAUAAAUGGAUGGAGAACCUGAGAAGAGCCGUUCAUCCCAACAAAGACAACAGCAGGAGGCUGGAGAACGUGCUGACGGUGUGGGUGGUGGAGGCCAAAGACCUGCCUGCAAAGAAAAGGUACUUCUGCGAGCUGUGUCUGGACGACAGUCUUUACGCUCGGACGUCGUGUAAACUGAAGACUGACAACAUAUUUUGGGGAGAACGUUUCGACUUCAGCAGUCUUCCGUCCAUCAGCGCCGUCACUCUUCAUCUCUACAAAGACACCGACAGGAAGAGGAAGAAGGACAAGAGCAGCUACGUCGGGUUGGUCAACAUCCCUGUCGCCGCGGUGACCGGCAGACAGCUAGUGGAGAAGUGGUACGCAGUGAGCACGCCCAGUAGCAGCAGGGGUAAGUCGUCCGUGCCGACAGUGCGAAUCAAAGCUCGUUAUCAGAGUAUCGUCAUCCUGCCGAUGGAGCAGUAUAAAGAGUUUGCGGAGUACAUCAGCUCCAACUACCUGCUGCUGUGUAACACUCUGGAAGCCUCGAUCAGCCUGAGAGCUAAAGAAGAGCUCGCCGCGGCGCUCGUUCACAUCCUGCACAGCACCGGCAAGGCAAAGGAGUUCCUGACAGACCUGAUGAUGUCAGAGGUGGACCGUUGCCGUGACAACGAUCAGCUGAUCUUCAGAGAGAACACGCUGGCGACGAAGAGCAUCGAGGAAUACCUGAAGCUGAUUGGACAGAAGUACCUGCAGGACGCCCUCGGUGAGUUCAUUAAAGCUCUGUACGAGUCAGACGAGAACUGUGAGGUCGACCCUUCUCGCUGUGCGACCUGCGACCUCGCAGAGCAUCAGGCCAAUCUGAGGAUGUGCUGCGAGCUCGCCUUCUGCAAGAUCCUCGACUCGUACAGAGUCUUCCCCCGGGAGCUGAAGGAGGUGUUUGCGUCAUGGCGACAGGAGUGCGGUAACCGGGGGCGACCAGACAUCAGCGAGCGUCUGAUCAGUGCUUCGUUGUUCCUGCGCUUCCUGUGUCCGGCGGUGAUGUCGCCGUCGCUGUUCGACCUCAUGCAGGAAUACCCUGACGAACGCUCCGCGAGAACUUUGACCCUCAUCGCCAAAGUCAUCCAGACCCUCGCCAACUUCAGCAAGUUCGGCACUAAAGAGGAGUACAUGCUGUUCAUGAAUGACUUCGUGGAGCGGCAGUGGAGCAGCAUGCAGCGUUUCCUGCAGGAGAUCUCCAACCCUGACGGGCUGAACCACACCGCCGGCUUCGACGGAUACAUCGACCUUGGCCGAGAGCUGUCCAGCCUGCACACCCUGCUGACCGAGCUCGACCAGUCGAGUCUGUCAAAGCUCGGCCCUCUUCCUCGGAUCCUGAGAGACGUGUCGGCAGCUCUGGCUAACCCAGGAGGCACGGCUCAUCCUGGGGGCGUGUCCGUUUCCUCCCCCGAGCCUCAGCGUGUGGUGUCUCCGCCCCCUCUGUCCCCGCCCCCUCUGUCCCCGCCCCUCUCUCCUCCUCUGGCGGCUUGUAAUCCCUCCAUCGGCCUGCAGGGCGGCGUCGGACUCGACGGAGGUUUGGUAGAUUUCACCAGACUUCCCUCUCCGACUCCAGAGAACAAAGAUUUGUUCUUCGUCACCAAAGGAUCCAGUCUGCAGCCCGCAUCAGGCCUGCAGGGCUCUCCGGCUCCGAGCUCGUCCUACUCGGAGCCCAAUGAGAACGAGGCGGGGUUUGAAAUGACCAAUGGGGGGCGGAAGGAGGGGCCAGAUCUGACCAGUGAGAGCCGCAGUCUGUCUCUGGUCGACCUGCAGGACUCCUCCCCUAGCGACGGCCUUGACGACAGCCAAUGGCAGCGCAGGACGGGGCUCCUCCCCCUCUCCUUCCAGAACCCCGUGUAUCACAUGACCACCACGUCGCCACGGCAGCAGACGGACGCCACGCCCUCAGACGGCUCGGCGGGGUCGCAGGGAAACGCAGACGACAGGAACGCCAUGGCGACCAAACCGGCAUUUCUCACCCAGAUGUCUGUGGGGUUGGGAGGGGGAGAAAGGGGGGAGAGAGGGGAGAGGAUGUCGGCCAUGUCGAGCAGCAGCAGCGGCGAGGAGUACUCCAGACGAGCUCUGUCUUUCACUGAGACUCUCACAGGUAGCUCCGCCCCCCCUCGUCAGAACUCCUCAGGUCCUCAGAGACGUAUCGAUCAGCCUCCUCCCCCCUCCUCCGCUCCACCGGGACCUCCUCGAGGUCGGACGCCUCCCAGCAUGCUCAGCGGCGGCGGAGGCUCCGCCUACCCUCCUCGCCCUGCCUCCGGCAGCAUGAUGUCAUCGAGUCCUGAUUGGCCGAGCAGCAGCCAGUCGCGGCUCAGACAGACAUCGUCGUCGUCUAAAGGAGACAGCCCAGAGAAACAGCGACCUGCUGCCAAGGCUCCCUCUCCCUGUGCGCUGGAUCGUACAGCCGCCUGGCUGCUCAACAUGAACUCUGCCUCCUCCUACGGCGAGACGGAGGACGAUCGCCAUGACGACGCCCUCAUAGAGAAGUACCAGCAGGAGAUUGCGCUGCUGCAGGAGAAGUUGCGAGUUGCGGCGUUGCGACAGGACGAGUGUGAAGCCCGACUGCUGGUCCAGGAUCAGCAGAACCAGCGCAUGCUGCAGGAGUACCAGGCUCGGCUGGAGGACACAGAGAGCAGACUGAGGCGGCUGCAGGACGAUAAAGACCUGCAGAUGAACAGCAUCAUCAGCAGGUUGAUGGCAGUAGAGGAGGAGCUGAAGAAGGAUCACUCUGACAUGCAGGCUGUGGUGGACUCCAAACAGAAGAUCAUAGAGGCACAGGAGAAGAGGAUUGCUAGUCUCGAUGCAGCUAACAGUCGGCUAAUGGCGGCUCUGACUCAGCUGAAGGAACGGUACGCUGUGACAUCACAGAGGAACGGCCUGUCUCCUAGCAACACGUCAUCUCUGCAGAUCACCGAGAACGGAGAGUUCCGUAACUCCGGCAACUGCUGAGCAACUGGCUGCUGAGCUCUGAUUGGCUCUGACUGCAGGGAGGGGGAGGGGCUUAUCUGCAUGAUGUGUGAGAUGACACAGGGGGCGGGGCUAAGUCAUUAACCACGCCUUUUAUUUAUAUCAACCAAUCUACGCUGUCGUAGUUACCACAGACCUGUCGAUCAACUGUGACCUCAUACAGAGAUGGAUCUGACCUCUGACCUGACUCUGACCUGUUGCUAGGUUACCCCUCAGAUCCUAUUUUUGUUUUGCAUGUUUCCCUUUUGAACAUCUUACGAAGUCUGACAUCAUAUCCUGUUUCCUUUUGGUACUUCCUGUUUAGAGCCAGAAACUUCCAACAACCAAACUGCAUGUCUUUAUUGUAGCUCUAACCCACCUGGAACAGCUCCACCUGUACAUGGCUCCGCUGUUUAGCCGUUUCCGUUCAGAUUAAACAGUUAAACUUUAUUUACAGAUGACGCGUUGACAGUUUGUCUGAUGGAAGUUCAGAGCUUCAUAAUCCUUUAGCCUCUUUAUGUUUAGAUUGUGACUUAAAGCAACAGUCUGACACUUUUGUGUCGGCCGUGAGCCGAUCAGCUUCAUCUCUGUGUGUCCAGUACACAGAGAGGGUUAGCCUAGCUUAGCACAAAGACUGGAAGCAAAGGGAAACUGUUAGCGUAACUCCAUCAAAGGCGGACAAACCUUUAUCCGAUUGUGUUUAGCGUUUGGCCACUAUGGGCUUCCGUAGCGUUGAACGUUUAGUUGAUCUGGUUCCGAGGUUGAUGUGACGUUAGUUUGUGUUGUUUCAGAGAAUUCUACCGAUUUUAAUGUAAACAUCAGAUUUUAUUGUAAAAUAGUAAAAACUUUAAAUUGUGAUGAAUAGUUUGUGAACACACACACACACACAUACAAACACACACGUCUGCUGGACUCUGCUGGACUCUGCUGGACUCUGCUGGACUCUGCUGUGUUCACUGUGGCUUCUGUCUCUGUUCUUCUGUAUUUAUGAAACUCUUUCUGUUAGAGAUCCUGUUAUUGUUAUUUAUCAACAUCAGUAUUUAUAAAGAGAUGCUCCAAUAAACUAUUACACUAUCAAA